AUGACCAGAAUUAAACGGGGAUAUAUAGCUCGGAGACGUAGAACAAAAAUUCGUUUAUUUGCAUCAAGCUUUCGAGGGGCUCAUUCAAGGCUUACUAGAACUAUUACUCAACAGAAAAUAAGAGCUUUAGUUUCGGCUCAUCGGGAUAGGGAUAGGAAAAAGAGAGAUUUUCGUCGUUUGUGGAUCACUAGGAUAAACGCAGUAAUUCGCGAAAGGGGAGUAUCCUAUAGUUAUAGUAGAUUAAUACACGAUCUGUACAAGAGACAGUUGCUUCUUAACCGUAAAAUACUUGCACAAAUAGCUAUAUCAAAUAGGAAUUGUCUUUAUAUGAUUUCGAACGAAAUCAUAAAGGAAGUAGAUUGGAAAGAAUCCACCAGAAUAAUUUAA